GUGUUUAAAUCAAUGGGAUGUCUUUGGCGUGCCUCAAAAUCACGACUGGUUUCCAAAAUUCGAGCAACAAAGAAAAAGGAGCAGAGACUUAAGCUGAAACCAGAUAACAUACCAUCUUUGGCAGCUUGGAAAAGAUUUAUAAAGAUAAAAACAAGCCCAUCAUUUAAGGCCAUAAGUGAUAAGUUUAAAGCCAUGAGGCGCAAACAAAUGCCACAUACUUGUAGUCGUAAAGGAAUGGUUCGACUGGCUGUUGAUAUGAAAAGAGCUAGUGCUGAUCCAUCAACUGUAUCAAGAGUUAAAGUUUGGAUCAAAGGUCACACUAAAAAGGAUGGUACAGCAGUGAAUUCAACUGUUGGUGAAACCAUUGAUAAGCUGAAAGAAAUUGAAAGUGAUACGCCUUCAUCCUCAUCAACUAAUAUAAGAGAAGAUGCUCUUUCUCAAGUAUUGGGAAAAGAUAAACCUGGACAACUGAGAGGAAUGGGAAGGGGAGCUACUAUAAGUAAAAUAUCUUUUUUACAAGCAAGAGAUAAGCACGUGGUUCAACUAAAAGAGGAAAAUGUUGAGUUUCGAAGUAGGAUACAACACUUGGAGAAUCUCGUCCAAAAAUUAGUUGCAGUCCAUGGGAAUGAGGAAGCUGAUCAUGAUCCUGGAGUUGAUAAGACAAGUCAUUUGGGCAUACGUCCUAAACUCCAUGGUAAGUGCAACCUUUUAGAUUGGUGUGGAAAAGAUGAGGUUGUAGCUGAAGGACACUUGUGCUCUAGUGACCCAAAAGGGCUUGUUAAUAAUGCUCCUCUUGGACCUAAUGCAAUGGAAGUGAUGGUCGACAUUACAAAUAAACCAGAUGCUUUUCUUUGGAGACCUACAUCUAAUAUGUUAUGCAUGAAACAAGCUGUUGGUAAGACAAUUGCAUGGCCAGCUGAUAAGGUGGUGAGGCAGAUUACUCAAAAUUCUGAAAAUGAAGAUAAUACCUCCUUAAAUAUGGAUACAAAUAUUAGCCAUAUCAGGUGUAAGAUAUUCAAUUGGACUGGAAAAGAUGAAAUUGUUGCUCAAGGUCAUUGGAUUUCUAGUGAUCCAAAAAUGAUUGUUAACGGUAUUCCACUCGGACCUAAAGCCAUGAUUGUUUGGAUUGAUGACAUUAUAAGUCCUGAAUGUUUUUUGUGGAGACCUACACUAGACAUGACAUCCAUCAAAGAUGUUAGGGGAACCAAAAUAGCAUGGCCUAGUGAUAAGGUUGUAUUAGAAAAUAUCUCUAAUCACAAUUUGCAGUCUGCAAACAAAUCAUCAUCUUCUCAGAGUAUAAGCAAUUCAAAGAAAAAGUGCAACUUGUUAGAUAUCAGUGGCUCAGGAAAGAUAGUUGCUGAAGGACAUUGGUCAUCAAGUGAUCCAAAUCAACUUGUUCACUUUGUCCCUUUAGGUCCUAAUGCAAUGAGGGUGUGGGUUGAUAUGCCUAGGAUCCCUGAUGCAGUUCUUUGGAGGCCAACAUCUGAGUUGGAGUGUAUUGAAGAUGCGGUUGGUACUACAAUAGCUUGGCCAUCAAACAAAGUUGUUAUGCUUUAAUAUGCUG